AAAUGAGGAAUGGAAAAAUUAGAAAGAUUGAAAGAACUUUGUGGUGCUGCAAUGCAAAUGCAAUGGGCACCAUCCAAGUAGCCAAAAGCUAAGGGACGCGUCAUCACCUAGAGGAUAGUCACGCAGGGUUCACGUGAUGAAGCGUAGACGAUUUCCAGUUUUCCACGCCUACUCCUUUGCAAGCGCGUCUGGCGAGGACCACUAAUUUAUCGCCGUUGUUUUUCAUUUCCUCGCUUCCGUCCUUAUCCCCUCCAAAUCGCCGAUCCAAACUUCCCCAGAUUCCGAGCACUCCUCCUUUUUAUUUUCUCGCUCCAAAUUUUCCUUAGAUCCCUUAAAAAUCCAGGUAAUGGUUCGUGGAAGAGAUGCAUGUUGGGAGCAUUGUGUCCUGGUGGAUGCAACAAGACAGAAGGUAAGGUGUAACUAUUGUCACCGGGAGUUCAGCGGAGGGGUUUACAGGAUGAAGUUUCACCUAGCUCAAAUAAAGAACAAGGAUAUAGUCCCCUGUGCUGAAGUCCCUGAUGAUGUGCGAGACCAUAUACAAAGUAUAUUAAAUAGUCCCAAGAAACAAAAAACUCCCAAGAAACCAAAGGUGGAUAAGGCAGUGGCAAAUGACCAACAGAAUAGUUCUUCUGCUAGUGGUGGUCUCCAUCUUAACCAUGGAUCUAGUGGGCAGCAUGGCAGCACCUGUCCGUCUUUGUUGUUUCCACGUCCAUCACCGAGUGAGCAGCCUGCAGUUGAUGAUGGUCAAAAGCAAAAGCAGGAAGAUGCUGACAAAAAAAUUGCUGUGUUUUUCUUCCAUAAUUCUAUUCCUUUUAGUGCUGCUAAAUCCAUGUAUUAUCAAGAAAUGGUGGAUGCUAUAGCAAAAUGCGGUGUUGGUUACAAAGCCCCAAGUUACGAAAAUUUGAGAUCUACCCUUUUAGAAAAAGUGAAGGGUGAUAUACAUGAUUGCUAUAAGAAAUAUAGAGAUGAGUGGAAAGAAACGGGGUGCACAAUCUUGUGUGAUAGCUGGUCUGAUGGUAGGACAAAGUCAUUUGUUAUAUUUUCAGUCACUUGUCCAAAAGGGACACUCUUUUUGAAGUCAGUUGAUGUCUCAGGUCAUGAGGAUGAUGCUAGCUACUUAUUUGAAUUGCUUGAAUCGGUUGUCUUGGAGGUUGGUUUGGAAAAUGUAAUUCAAGUGAUAACAGAUACUGCAGCCAGUUAUGUUUAUGCAGGAAGGCUUCUCAUGGCCAAGUACAGUUCAUUGUUUUGGUCUCCAUGUGCGUCUUAUUGUAUCAAUAAGAUGUUGGAGGACAUUAGUAAACAAGAGUGGGUCGGCAUUGUAUUGGAGGAGGCGAAGAGCAUUGUGCAGUACAUAUACAGUCAUGCAUGGAUUGUAAAUAUGAUGAGGAAGUUCACUGGAGGAAGGGAAUUAAUGAGGCCAAGAAUUACAAGAUUUGUGGCCAAUUAUCUCACCUUGAGGUCCAUUAUAAUUCAGGAGGAUAAUUUAAAGCACAUGUUCUCUCAUUCAGAGUGGUUAUCAUCCAUUUAUAGUAGACGUUCUGAUGCUCAGGCUAUUAAGUCGUUAUUGUAUUUAGAAAGGUUUUGGAAGUCUGCACACGAAGCUGUUAGUGUGUCUGAACCACUUGUUAAGAUUCUACGGAUUGUUGAUGGUGACAUGCCUGCUAUGGGUUAUAUAUACGAAGGAAUAGAGAGGGCAAAAGUUGCAAUCAAGGCAUAUUAUAAGGGUCUUGAAGAAAAAUACAUGCCAAUCUGGGAUAUAAUUGAUCGGAGAUGGAAUAUGCAACUUCACUCACCAUUACAUGCUGCAGCAGCAUUCCUGAAUCCUUCAAUUUUCUAUAACCCAAACUUCAAGAUUGAUUUAAGGAUGAGGAAUGGGUUUCAAGAAGCAAUGCUUAAGUUGGCUACAACAGAUAAAGAUAAAAUAGAAAUCACGAAGGAACAUCCCAUGUACAUAAAUGCACAAGGUGCUCUAGGGACCGAUUUUGCUAUCAUGGGGAGGACCCUUAAUGCUCCAGGUGAUUGGUGGGCGAGCUACGGCUAUGAGAUUCCCACACUACAAAGAGUGGCAAUAAGGAUACUGAGCCAGCCUUGUAGUUCUCAUUGGUGCAGAUGGAACUGGAGCACCUUUGAAAGCAUACAUACAAAGAAACGCAAUAAAGUGGAGCUGGAGAAAUUCAAUGAUUUGGUAUUUGUGCAUUGCAAUCUUUGUCUGCAGGCCAUUUGUCAUAGUAGGGACGGAAAAUGUAAACCCGUUAUCUUUGACGAAAUAGAUGUUAGUUCAGUAUGGUCCUCUGAAUUGGAACCUUCAGCCCCUUUAUUGGAUGAUUCAUGGUUGGAUACCUUGCCCCUAGAAUGCAGAGGUAGUCCUUAACACUGUAAAAAAAAAUGAAAAUAAUUACUACAUAUUUGAUUACUGAUUGUAUACAGGGUCAAGUAUUCAUGGCUACGUUGCCUCAUCAGCACUUUUAUA